AUGUCGUUUAAAAACCGACUAUCCUCAGCUAUAGACUUGCUAGAGAAGUGUAUAUGGAACACAUCGAUUUCCAACGAAAAAGAUGCCAAGAAUUCAGGAACAGAAUGCAUCAAGGUGUUAAACUCAACAAGGAUCGAGUCGUUAACUUCAGAACAAAAAUGGCAAUUGGCAGCUGUGUCAAAUUUUAUCCUCGAGAAAUUCCAAAACAAGCAAUUCAAACUUACUGCCACCGAAAAAAUGUUGUGGAUAUGCUCCAAACUUGUGUAUUCACCUACGAAAAUGGAGUAUUAUUUUCCAAUCAUAACGUUUAAUGACAAGUUGACGUCUAGCCAAUUCUCUCCAAUAAUACAGGAAGACAACCUUCGUUUACCAGCCAACACACAGGCGACUUUCAAUAACCUAGUUUUUGAAGACUGGUCUACCAAUGGCAUCCAUGACCUAUGCCAGGAUCUCGUGGAUAAUUGCUCGUUUGUUUCGGCUAUGUUGUCAUUGGCGAAGGUUGACGCAUCUUAUUUCCUCACCUUGGUACACCCCAAUUACAACAACGAAUUUUAUACCACCAGCCUCUACUUUAAUGGCACCAUUCGAAGAGUAAAUGUCAAAAACUCAUUCCCUCAAGUUUCAGAUCGAGCUAGAAAUUUGACGGUGAAAUCAAUUUCCAACGCAAACCUUCACUGGCCAGCAAUAAUAGAAAAAGCAUACCUCAGAGUUCUCGGAGGUGACUAUGAUACAAGCGGCUCAAACUUGGCACUCGAUGUGUUCAUGCUCAACAAGAAUUGGAUACCUGAAGUGUUACCUAUAAAAUACGACACCACACAACUAACAAAGCUUGCUCCGCUAUUCCAGUUAAAAAAGGUAUUGCUUGGUUUGGGAACUGGAAAGAUGAGUGAAGCGCUUUCUAAAAAGUUGGGCCUCAUUUCACAGCACGACUACGUUAUCGAAGACAUUAAGGAUAAAAUAUCCUUACGCAAUACAUGGGCAUCAGAGACGAGUCUGCGAGAAUUUCUCAUUACUAUGGAAGACUUGACAUUUUUUUCCUACUUGUACAUAAACUGGGAUAUUUCAAGAAUGUUCAGGUACAUGUCAAACACCAUUCGAGUAUUCCGAACGCCUCAGAUAAAGCAGAUUCAUCACUUACCUCAGUAUUCUCUUUGCAACCCCAACAGCGUCUCAGAAGAAAUGUGGAUUCUAUUGGAGUGCCAUAUUCCAAGUCCAGAAUUUAAUGUGACCAGUGAGAUCUACGAGACGGAUGUUGGAGAGCAGGUAAUGAUGCCAAAUCAGUACAACUGUGCUUUCAAAAACACAUCUAAUAGCCGGGUCACUUUACUCAAGUUUAACAUGUUACCAAAAGCCAACUAUACAAUGGUGCUACAUUUCAGUCAAACUGUUAAUGUUUCAAUGCACUUGUACAAUAAUAUCAGUUCUCAGUUUAAUUUCAAGAAGGCACAACCAAAAUGUCCAUUAAGGUUUCUGGAAUCGUCUCUGUGGAGCACCCAUCAAAUUGAGGAUGGAGUAGAGGGUGCCAGAGGUGGAGGAAAUUGGUCAAUGCCAACCUACAUUUAUAAUCCACAAUUUGACCUUGUGGUAGAAACAGACACCCAAGUGGACCUAGCAUUAUAUUCCGAACACGGCAUCUAUGUCAACAUUGAUGUCUUCCAUUCAGAUAGUUUCGACACAGGCUCAUCAAUAAGACUAUUUGACCCAUCAAAACUUAUUUUUCAGGACAAGUAUAGUCAUGAGUGUCAAGUCCAAACUCUACUUUUGCUGCUGGGCACGUACAAAGUAGUGAUCUCAAAUUACCAAAACACCGCUGGAAACUAUUUCUUCCAUGUCUUUGCAAAUUCAAAUAUCUCAGUGAAGCAAAUCAUUCCUCUGUUAGGUAUAUUUCUUCGCAGACUGGUUCUACAGUGGAACCAGUCGAACAGAAUCAAAGUUUAUUUUUGA